ACGAGAGGGGGCGGAGACUAAGGCCCGCUGCGUCGCGCUAGCGGGUUGGCCAGGCUCCGCCGCCGCGUUGCCACGGCAAUGCCGUGAGCCGAGCGGCCUGUCCUGGCGCUGCCAUGGCGGAGCCCAGCGCGGCGGAGCAGCGGUGGCUGCAGGCGGCCCAGGCCUUCGCCCGCCGAGCGCUCCCUGCCCGCGAGGGGCCUGGCGGGGCGGCGCCGGCGCCGGUGGACGCGGUGCUGCGGUGUCUGCGGGCCGCGGGCGGCGGGGACUUACCGCUCGGCUACAGUUUCACCUCUGUCUCUGACCUACUGCAUCAACAGAGCACGCCAUGCUGCAGCCACCUGACCUGGAGCACUAAUGAAUUUAAGGAAUGGGCUCGUCAAGGACAAGGUGCUUUACCCAUGCAGAGCUCUUUGCCACGGGCUUAUCUGAUCUUGGUUGGCUAUUUAACAGAUGGAAGGCAAGAGGAGAAAGAGAAGUUGGUAGAUGGUUGCCUAUAUGUGAAAGACAAUACUGGGAUAAUUCCCUGUGAGAUCCUGCAUUUUGAACUUGAGUGGCUGGAGUCGCUGUUCCUCUUCCCAAGCUGGGCAUAUGUACCACAAACUGACCAGGGUGCCAAGGGGUAUGUGGAAAUCCUGGUGGAUCCAGUACCAGUAAAUGCCCUCCCAAAGAAAGUACUAGACACCAUUCCUGUCAUCUACCCAGCAGCAGCUGAGCCACUGCUUGCCUCCAGGAUUCCAUGUAAGAAAAGAUCAAAGCUCAGUGUGGCAGGUGAGCUGGCCAAACUCAGCCCUCUCCUUUGUAUUCACCACAAGACAUUCUUCUUUCUGUUUCUGAAGUGCUUCGUUUCAGCUGUCGGGGUCCCAGUGCUGGUACAGAAACCCAACCAACUGGCAUGGCACCAUGUCUUCCAGCUGGGCCACAGGUACAUAAUAACAGGCCUGAGUAUGUCCAGUCUGAAGAAAUCUGGGCAAAGGGUGUUUGUCACUGGUGUCUCUUCAUGCCUCCUGCCCUACUGCGCCAAGCAGGUGAAAGAGCAGCCCCUGGACAGUGCUUGGCAAGGCAAAUCCCCUCAGUCUGCUUUCCCUGAGGCCUCUGUGCAGUUCAGUGACUCCUCAGAGCUGGGGGUUGAACAGGAAAGGCCAGGAUCAACCAAAGAGUCCAAGAUCAUCUCAUAUGUGGGGACCGUCACCAAAAUACUCAAUGCCCAAGCUGGUCUCUUUGAACUAGAUAACAAAGUGUGCUUGUGCCUUGCUUACCAGCAGUUGUUGAACUCUGCACAUGGACUCCGACCAGGAGCAUGUGUGAAGCUCAUCGAUGUCCACCUCCUACAGAAACCUCUGGUAUCCUUCCGUUUCAUUGUACUUGGUGCUUGCCUGAACAGCACUGUUGUGCUGAAGAGUUUUUCAAGGCUCAGCACCUUCUACCAGCCAACUGUAUCUUCAGGAAAUCUCUACUUACAGCUGCUCUUCCGCUAUAAUCUUGGCAUGCCACUCUACCUCUGGCUGGUGAGCCUCCUGGAGACAUUCGAGGAGAGGUUUUCUUGUUUCUUUGGACACCGGCGACUGUUGCAUAGCUCUGUGCACCAAGACCGUGGAGCUGCUGAGAAGUUCCUUGUCCCCCUUCUGCAAGGAAUGGUAUCGGGCAGAGAGGAAACAAGAGAUAUUUAUAAUGAAAUGCUAGCAAAAAGACACCAGUGUCCACUGCAGCAGUAUUGGACUCUGGACCCCCCAUGCCAGGCCCCAUCUCUGUCUAAACUGUGUUGCAUGGCAAAACAGAAGAGCUGGGAUGACUUCUGUCCAUCGCAGCUGCUGUCCCCCUCAGAGGUGCAGCACAUGGGCACCCAGGAGCUGAAUCGCAGUCUGGCCUGGUCAUACUGCAUGUUCUCAGCAGGAAGUUUUCAGCCCCGAGUGGUAUUAUUGGGUGUGCUGAGAGUUUCCUCCAGGAGCAGUUCCCUCCAUCUGCAGGACAAGAGCAGCACACUUCCCUGUGUGAUAUCCCAUAAAGAUGGUAGUCCCUUUGCCAAUACAGCUCUCAUAGGCUCUCUCUUGCAAGUGGAAGCCUACCAGCUUGUAGUGGAGAGAUUCCUUCAGAGUGAUUUUCCCUCCUGGAAACAGCUGGCAAAUGUAGAGCAUGUGAGGGAGAAAAAAAACAGUGUGUAUGUGCAGUUCUACUUUGAGGAUGCGCUGGUUCUCCAGGCUCCUGAAGUACAAAUCCAGGAGGGUCCUAGGAGCAGAAACAGCUCCUCUUUGAAGAAAAAGGAUGAUGGCGGCUCAGCAUCUGAGCUGGAAAUUCCAGAGGCAAAAGUGCUGAAAUUGGACGAUCCCAAGCCAGAUAUUGAGAGAAAUGAGAGCUGUCAGAGGGACCAGAGCAGCACAGGAAAAAACAGCUGCGUAUCUCGCCUGUUCUUGGUUACCCAGAAGGAAGGGCUUAUGUUACGCAAUUACCAGCUACUCGGAGAAGGAAAUGGAGAAGGGCAGGAGCUGCAGCGCAGUUUCCAGGCCACAGUGCUGUGGUUGGGCAGACCUCAAUUCUGGAGCCGUCCCAGAAAAACUGUGAAUCUACCAGAGCUGGAGGAGACCAACUGUCAUGGAGAAGAGGGCAUGACACAGCAAGAAGCACUACUGCUCUUUAUGGGGAAAUCACUGCGAUGGUUUCCAUUUCUGCACUUGGAUGGGCUGUAUCGCUUCAUUGUCCCCCACUGCUCGGACUUGGAAGUGUUUGACAAGCUCUGUUUUCCACCUGUGCCAGCAAGAUUCCUGAGCAGAUCAUGCUGCCCCAUUUGCCUGCCUGUGCCAGAUACCUGGCACUUACAGCACGAGACGUGGAUCUCCUGUCUGACUGAGCGUCAGCUGGCAGCUGGGUCAGUGCUGACAGGCAUGGAGCAGAGAAUUUCUUCCAUUCCAGAAGUACUUAGCAACAGAUUCACAGGUUCCCUUGUUUCUUUCCCUGGUGAGAUAGUGGAGAGGACCUUGUGUGCUUCUCCCAAGAAUGAGAAGCCAUCUAUGUCUCUCAGUCUCCUACAGCAGAAAGGGAGUCUGCUAGCCACUGAUCACAGCGUGAAGCUCAGUGUCUCCGUUGCCCCCAGCUCCCCUGUUGUGCUGGAUGUUUACAUUGCUGCCACCUACCUGCAGCAUCUCUGGGGUUUGCUGCCUGGGGCCAAGGUUCUUUUCCAGAACUUGGAACGCAAAAUCUCCAGAUUCCAUAAUGUUUAUUGCACAUACAUUGCCUCCAGCUGUAUAAGCAUCAUGUCUCUGCCAGCUUCUCGCUUACCUCUUCUUUCUAGUCCUGCAGGAGAAGCCUCAUCAUCUUCAUUAGUGUUUCUGUCCAACUUGCAACUUCACCUACAAAACAUGCCCCAGGCACGGAUUUUAUGCCACUUGUCCUGUGUACUGACUCUGUCUGUGCAAUGGGUUUGCUCACUUUGCAACAGCAUCUUCAAAGAGGGGAAGUGCACCCGACACAAUCCACCCUGCCCAUCGCACAUAGGAGUGAGACAAGCCAGUGCACGGGUGCUGGUGGAGGAUGGCACAGGUGAAGCGCUGGUGCUGUGCAGGAACCAGCAUGUAGCGGCAGUGCUGGGUCUGAGCCUCCUUGAGUGGGAAGCUGUACAGAACUGUGUGCAGAGCAGAGGCAGUGUGUCCAUCCAGCAUGGGGAAGCCACUGGGACAGGGUGUGUAGAGGAACCUGAGGAUCUCCUCGCAUGCUACCUAAGGAGCCUGUGCAGGAGUCCUCUCAUCUGUCGCCCUAUCCUGCUGGAUUUCAGCCUAGACAGGAAGCCCUCCAAGAUCCCGCAGCCUGCUCCACUACAGCUGAGAAAUUUUCGGUGUGGUGAAGCGGAGUUUGUGUCACAAGUGCAACCUCGACCGAGCCUGCUGUGCCUGAAUGUGGAAGAAGUAGAACAAAAAGCCUUAUGCUGUCUGAACAGUGAGAGGAUUAGGAGGACAUCUAGCCACUGCUGAGUGGAAGGCGCUGCUUAACACCUCUGCCAGUAAGAGAAGAGAUAUGGAGAUACCUGGGGUUGGGAGCUUUUUUUUUUCCCCCCUUUCCAGUGAGAGCAUGACCCUGUGAGCACCACCUGAAGGGUGUUACCAGGAAGCUGCUGUGAUUUGUGGAAUUCCUGAAUGGCAACUCUGGACCACUGCCACCAGGGCUACAUUUUAGGGGAGAGAUGUUCAGUAUCUCCUACAUGGAAACCAUUGCUUUGGGCCUAGAACACAUAGCAUGUGUAUUUUGUAUAGUAGUGUCUACUGUAAAUAAAGCUAUUAAAAUACAGUUUAAAUAAUACAA